UAUUUAAACUACAUUGUUCUUUCAUUUCAGCCACCCAACACUUUGGCGCCCAGAAUAUGGAAGUUAUAUGAUUGAAGGGACACCUGGGCAGCCAUAUGGAGGAACCAUGUCUGAAUUUAACACUGUACAAGACAACAUGAGGAAACGACGGCAGGAGGCUGCUUCUGAACUGAAAGAAAAUGAAGCUGUUUGUACUGUGACAUCAUUUCCAAGAUUAGGGUGUCCAGGCUUUACGCUGCCAGAAUGUGAGCCAACGCCCGUAGAAGGAGGAGCUUCAAAGUCUCUCUUCUUUCCAGAUGAAGCCAUCAACAAACAUCCUAGAUUUAGUACUCUGACAAGAAACAUUCGACACCGAAGAGGAGAGAAAGUGGUGAUAAAUGUACCAAUAUUUAAAGAUAAGAAUACUCCAUCGCCAUUUGUAGAAACAUUUCCUAAGGAUGAUGGAGAAGCAGCAAAAGCAGCCAAACCAGACCAUAUAUAUAUGGAUGCCAUGGGUUUUGGAAUGGGCAACUGCUGCCUUCAGGUAACAUUCCAGGCUUGCAGCAUUUCUGAAGCAAGAUGCCUUUAUGAUCAGCUAGCCACAAUCUGUCCUAUUGUGAUGGCAUUAAGUGCUGCAGCUCCAUUCUACAGAGGCUACGUGUCAGAUAUUGAUUGUCGAUGGGGAGUAAUAUCUGCAUCAGUAGAUGACCGAACACGAGAGGAGAGAGGAUUGGAGCCACUGAAGAACAACCAUUAUAGAAUCAGUAAAUCCAGAUAUGAUUCCAUAGACAGUUAUCUAUCUGAAUGUGGUGAAAAAUACAAUGACAUUGAUUUGACAAUAGAUAAAGAAAUCUACGAGCACCUAGUAAAGGAAGGAAUCGAUCAUCUUUUGGCACAACAUAUUGCACACUUAUUUAUUCGAGACCCAUUGACAUUGUUUGAAGAGAAAAUACAUCUAGAUGAUGCAAAUGAAUCUGACCAUUUUGAGAAUAUUCAGUCCACAAAUUGGCAGACAAUGAGAUUUAAACCACCUCCUCCAAAUUCAGAUAUUGGAUGGAGAGUAGAAUUCAGGCCCAUGGAGGUUCAGUUAACAGACUUUGAAAACUCUGCAUAUGUUGUGUUUGUGGUAUUGCUAACCAGAGUGAUUCUGUCAUAUAAACUGGAUUUUCUCAUUCCUUUGUCCAAGGUUGAUGAAAAUAUGAAGGUAGCCCAGAAGCGAGAUGCUGUUCGGCAGGGAAUGUUUUAUUUCAGAAAAGAUAUUUGUAAAGGGGGAAAUGCUGUUGUAGAUGGAUGUGGCCCAGCGCAAAAUGGGAAAGAGACAGAUGCAGAAGAGUACACCUUGAUGAGCAUAGAUACAAUCAUCAAUGGGAAGGAUGGUGUCUUUCCUGGCUUAAUUCCAAUUCUAAACUCUUACCUUGAAAAUAUGGAAGUGGACGUGGACACAAGAUGCACCAUUCUGAACUACCUGAAGUUAAUAAAAAAGAGAGCCUCUGGAGAAUUAAUGACAGUUGCUCGGUGGAUGAGGGAGUUUAUUGCAAAGCAUCCUGACUACAAGCAAGAUAGUGUGAUCACUGAUGAAAUGAAUUAUAGCCUUAUUUGGAAAUGCAACCAAAUUGCACAAGAACAAGCAGAGUGUCCUGAAUUACUUGGAGUAGGAUUUAACAAAAUAAAACACAGUGGCAACAAAACUGGUUCUUUUUAAUGAAAUGCUUUAAAUACCUAGUAGAAAGUGUAAACAUUCUAGUGAAGAAUGAGUUACAGUACUGUAUAUCCAGUAGUUUCAAGUUUUGAAGACCAAAACAGGUUAUACUGCACUUAAGAUGGGCCAAUCUGCCUAACUAUUCCUUUAAGACUUCCUAAAAUGGGCAUAUUCUUAUUGUUAAGGUUUAUACAUUGUACAUGUAAAUAGUAAAAUAUUUUUAUGACUAACAACAUCAGUGUAUUUUAAUAACAUUGUGCCUAAAGUUAUUGUGAACCAGCUUGUAACUUUUUUAUGCUUAUUCUGGAAAUAAAAGUACUGUCCUGAGCAACUUCAUAUAUGUAAUAUAAUGGUACUUGUAUAUUUUAUGCAUUCCAGAUAUUGAAUGUUCACUGUAAUUUUUUGUUACUGGAAUGUACUGAUCUACCUAUUGUUAAAGGAAAUCUUGGGACCUGAUUCACAGAACUUUUCUCCAUCCUGUGAAUAUAUAAAACAGAAUAAAUUGGCAGUUCCCUAUUUUUUUUCAUUUGUGCCAGUCCCUUGACUACCACAAGCCCCACAUACAUUCAUCAAUAAGCCCCACAUACAUUCAUCAACCACAGACCAAUAGAAUCUGCUCAAAGUCUUCAAUCAAAUAUGCAAAAUCUGUUCAUUUCCAGAUGGCCAGAGCCUAAAUGGAUAUCCUGACUUGCAUAUCUCAAAACUCUCUUGGAAAACCACACAUCAUAUACACAAAAGCUUCAGAAAUAAAUGUAUCCCUCAUUGGAGGUUUUUCAAUUCUGGUAAAUUCCUGUGCUUUUAAUUUCAGAAAUAGAUUUUACCAUAGGUGAAAGACUUUGUUUAACUUGUGGAAAGGAGAGAAUGUAAGAACUAGAAUGUUAAAGGAAUGCUUAUGUGAAAGGCAGGUGAAAUGGCUGAGAAGUCUACUCUAUUUUUGUGCUGCUCUUAGCUUUGUUUUUCCAAUGUCUGCUGUUCCUAAAGUCUACUAGUUAAAGUGCAACACAAAAUCAAGACGAGAAUGUAUAUUCAUUCCUUUUCUAGGCUAGGCUCUCCGCCAUCCUGAUUUUGCCAACUCAUUCCUUUGUCAGCAUGCAAACUUACUAUAUAAACUGUUACCCAGCAUUAUGGGCACAGGUUAAUCCCCAUGUAAAAUGAAUCUAAGGAGAAAUCAUGGAAUGCACUAAUCCUUUUGUGAAUUGAGAACCUGAAGUUUAAAGAGAUUGUAAAUAUCUUAGUUUGAUUAUUAUAACUGUAUAUAAUCUAAAUUUAUAGGGACUCUUAAAUUGAAUUUACUGAAUGGCUUCUAAAAGUGACUUCCUGUAUGGUAGAUUAUGCAUAAGCAUAUAUAAAUAUUUAAAGUGUAAUUUUUAAAAGGAACUAAUGGCGAAAUUGUAAUGAAGCUGCACCAGAAAAAGUUUUUAUGUAUCAAUGUUAGAACUUGUGCUGCUGUGUUCAUAGGUGUGCUUUGGAGAAUUAAAGAAUGCCUGUUUCUGCUUUGGGUGAGAUUGUUUUAAUCAAGGUGUAGAUGGCAGGUGAUAUGCUCAUUUGUGGAAUAAGGAAAUAAAGUGAAAUUUGCAGUA